AUGGUCAGUUUGUUUUCAGAGUGGAGCGAAAGGGAGGGAUUGACAAGUUUUGGCCAAUUGAAAGUGCUCAUUCUGGAAUGGCCCUACUGCAAGCAUCGUCAUCGAAGACGAGUGAUAUGCCCUAAUUAUCUCGCUGGUUUCUGUCCUGACGGGAAAGAAUGUAAGUUUACUCAUCCGUCAUUCGCGCUCCCUGCUCCUGAGAAUCCUGUAGCAAACAACAAGCGAAUGUUCAGUCACCAGAUCAUUUGCCACAAUUGUCAUGAACGAGGCCAUAAGGCUACUCAUUGUCCACACCUACCAACCCAGCAAAACAAGAAGGAAAAGGAAAGAGAGGAGAAGAAAGCUGAAGUUGGUCAGAAGCGGAAACGAAUGGGGAAAUCAAGCAAUGAGAGCAAAGCUAAGAUGUCGAAGAAGGAUGAGGGAGAAUCGGAAAGGGUUGAAGUGAAAGAAACGUAUUCUUUACAAUUGAAAAAGAUCAAUACUCAUUUAACGUGUGGUUUGUGUAAGGGCUAUUUAAUAGAUGCAACUACGGUCAUCGAUUGUUUGCACACCUUCUGCAAAAGUUGCCUUCUAACUUAUUUUGAAGAGGAAGAUAAUUGCUGUCCCACUUGCGAACAGUUGAUUCAUCAAAGUCAUCCUAGCCAUUACGUGGCGUUUGAUCGAACAAUGCAGGAUAUAGUGUACAAAUUAGUACCUGGCUUGCUGGAAGCGGAACGAAAAAGGCGUCUUGAAUUUUUAAAAGACAAGAAACGAGAAGCAGGAGAAAAUGUUGAAGAGGAAGAGGAGGAAGCGGAGAAGAAGGAAGAGUCUUCACAAGGAACGAAUCGGUGUUUCGAAGGAGAACCGGGAAUCUCUCAUCAUCGAAAUGAUGAGCAUGUGGUUGUUUCGCUGGUUCCUGGAGCGCCAGAGCUUCCAACUCCUGUUCGGUCUAUAGUCCGGUUAAGCGGGAUGGCUACAGUAAACACAUUGAAGAGAUACCUAGCUCAGAGCAUGUGGUCGAAUAUGUCGCGGUACAGCGAGCUGGACUUGUUCUGUAAUGAUGAAUUGAUGGGACGUGACUUCUCUAUGCGAUUUAUUCACCUCACACGAUGUCGCAAUAAAUUAAAAGAUGAACCUCUGAAACUUGUAUAUCGAUUUCAUAUUGAUUUUUAA